AUGCACAGUCUGCAACUCCUCCCUUUUGCCAGUGGAGUUUCACUACGAGCUUCUGCACCACACAGGGCAGACGGGAACACAAACACAAGCAAAAGCUGGCAGGCUGACACAAACGGGCAGCUUUACAGGACGGAUUCUCUGGUAACUGACCAUUUAGCUGUGGCACACUCAGACUCCGUGUAAACGUGGGAUUUCGACCAUGAGCUCAGUCGCUGUACUUACGCAAGAAAGCUUUAAUGAGCAUCGCAGUGGCCUUCUGCCAGAGCAAGUCAAAGCUGCUGUGGCAGGCCCUAGCAGUGCAGAAGAUGAGGACAGCCUGCCCACCUACAAGGAUGCCUUUCCCCCUCUGCCUGAAAAGCCUUCAUCUCCAGAGGGGGUUCAGGAGGUUGGAAACGCCUGGACAACAAAGCUCAAACCCCUUAAGUCAUCAAUAAUAACCCAGGUUUUCCAUGUUCCUCUGGAAGAGCGCAAGUACAAGGAUAUUAACCAGUUUGGAGAAGGAGACCAGGCUAAAGUAUGUCUUGACAUCAUGCACAAGACUGGAGCUCACCUGGAACUCUCCAUGGCUAAAGACCAAGGCCUCUCCAUAAUGGUGUCUGGGAAACAUGAUGCUGUCAUGAAAGCCCGCAAAGAGAUUGUGUCCCGACUGCAGACUCAGGCUUCAGCUACUGUGGCCAUCCCCAAAGAACAUCAUCGCUUUGUCAUCGGCAAGAGUGGGGAGAAACUGCAGGAGCUCGAGUUAAAGACUGCCACCAAGAUCCAGAUCCCUAGACCUGAAGACCCUAGCAACCUCAUCAAGAUCUCUGGAACCAAGGAAGGUUUGGAGAAGGCCAAGCAUGAGAUCCUGCUAAUUUCUGCUGAGCAGGACAAGCGGGCAGUGGAGAGACUGAACAUUGAAAAGGUGUACCACCCCUUCAUCACUGGAGCUUACAACAAGCUGGUGGGGGAGUUGAUGCAGGAGACGGGUGCCCGAAUUAAUGUCCCUCCACCCAGUGUGAACAAAACUGAGAUUGUCAUCACCGGUGAGAAAGAGCAGGUGGCCUUGGCAAUGGUCAAGAUCAAGAAGAUUUAUGACGAGAAGAAGAAGAAUGUAACCACUAUUGCAGUGGAGGUGAAGAAAUCUCAGCAUAAGUAUGUGAUUGGGCCUAAGGGUAACACCCUACAAGAGAUCCUGGACAGGACCGGCGUCUCUGUCGAGAUCCCAUCCCUUGACAGCAACUCAGAGACCGUAAUCCUGCGUGGGGAGCCAGACCGGCUGGGCCAGGCACUCACUGAAGUGUAUGCCAAGGCCAACAGCUACACUGUGUCUUCAGUCUUGGCUCCUUCUUGGCUUCAUCGCUUCAUUAUUGGCAAGAAAGGACAGAAUCUGGCAAAGAUCACCCAGCAAAUGCCCAAGGUGCACAUUGAGUUCACGGAGGGAGAGGACAAGAUCACGCUGGAAGGACCCACCAAAGAUGUACAGAUAGUACAGGGGCAGAUUGAAGUCAUCGUCACAGAUCUGGUUAGUCGAAUGGACUACACCGAGAUUAGUGUGGACCCCAAAUUCCACCGACACUUGAUUGGGAAAGGCGGUGCAAACAUUAACCGCAUAAAAGAGCAGCACAAAGUGUCAGUCCGCAUUCCACCUGACAAUGAGAAGAGUAACCUGAUUCGUAUCGAGGGUGACCCCCAGGGCGUCCAAGAGGCCAAGAAGGAGCUGCUGGAGCUAGCGUCACGCAUGGAGAAUGAGCGUACAAAGGACAUGAUCAUUGAACAGCGAUUUCAUAGAGCCAUCAUCGGACAGAAAGGCGAGAAAGUAAAAGAAAUUCGGGACAAAUUCCCUGAGGUUAUCAUAAACUUCCCUGAUCCAGCGCAGAAAAGUGACAUUGUACAGCUGCGUGGGCCUCGCAAUGAGGUGGAGAAAUGCACAAAGUUCAUGCAGAAAAUGGUGGCUGAAAUGGUGGAGAACAGCUUUUCCGUCUCUGUGCCCAUUUUCAAACAAUUCCACAAAAACAUAAUUGGCAAAGGAGGAGCAAAUAUAAAGAAGAUCCGUGAAGAGACCAACACUAAGAUUGACCUGCCUGCAGAAAACAGCAACUCUGAAAUGAUUGUCAUCACUGGGAAGAAGGCAAACUGUGAGGCAGCAAAAAACAGGAUUCUGGCCAUUCAGAAAGAACUGGCAAAUAUUACAGAGGUGGAGGUAUCCAUCCCAUCAAAAUUGCACAACUCCCUAAUUGGCUCAAAGGGGCGCUUUGUGCGUUCCAUCAUGGAGGAGUGUGGUGGUGUGCACAUACAUUUCCCAACAGAGGGCUCUGGCAUUGAUGCAGUGACAAUCAGAGGCCCAGCAGAGGAGGUAGAGAAAGCCAAGAAGCAGCUGCUGUCCCUGGCAGAAGAGAAGCAAACUAAAAGCCACACAGUUGAGCUUCGUGCCAAACCUGAAUACCACAAGUUCCUUAUUGGCAAAGGAGGUGGAAAUAUCCGGAAGGUGCGGGACAGUACAGGUGCCAGGAUCAUCUUCCCUACUGCUGAGGAUAAGGAUCAGGAGCUGAUCACUGUCAUCGGUACAGAGGAAUCUGUAGCUGAAGCACAAAAGGAGUUGGAGGCACUCAUUAAGAGCUUGGAAAACAUUGUCGAGGAUUUUAUGACUGUCGAUCCCAAACACCAUCGUUUUUUUGUGGCACGGCGUGGUCAAGUCCUGAGGGAUAUGGCAGAUGAGUAUGGUGGGAUUAUUAUCAGUUUCCCCCGGACUGGCACACAGAGUGAUCAGGUCACCCUAAAGGGAGCCAAAGAUUGUGUGGAGGCUGCCAAGAAACGUAUUCUGGAGUUGAUUGAGGAUUUGGAUGCCCAAGUGACCAUGGAGUGUGUGAUCCCUCAGAAGUUCCACCGCUCCAUAAUGGGGCCUAAGGGCUCACGCAUACAACAGAUCACUAAAGACCACAGUGUGCAGAUAAAGUUUCCAGACAGAGAGGACCAGCAAGCUUUUUCAGCUGAUGUUCCAGUGCAGGAGAAUGGAGAGGCCAACGGAGAGGUGAAGGAGCCUGCUGAUCAUUCAGCCCCAAAGAAGUGUGACAUCAUUGUGCUUUCUGGCCGCAAAGAGAGAUGUGAAGCUGCUGUUGAGGCACUAAAAGCUUUAGUUCCAGUGACCAUUGCGGUGGAAGUGCCUUUUGACCUUCAUCGCUACAUCAUUGGUCAAAAAGGAAGCGGAAUCCGCAAGAUGAUGGAUGAGUUUGAGGUUAAUAUUCAAGUGCCUGCUCCUGAGUUACAGUCUGACAUUAUCUCCAUUACUGGCCUGGCCUCACACCUUGACCGCGCUAAAGAGGGUCUUCUUGAGCGUGUCAAAGAGCUACAGGCUGAACAGGAGGAUCGGGCUCUCAGGAGUUUCAAGCUGACCAUCACUGUGGAUCCCAAGUAUCACCCCAAGAUCAUCGGACGCAAGGGCACCAUAAUAACCCAAAUCCGCAAUGAACAUGAGGUCAACAUUCAGUUUCCAGAGAAAAAUUAUGAGAACCAGGAUCAGAUUACCAUUAAUGGGUACGAGCAGAAUGCUGUGGCAGCACGUGAUGCCAUUCAGGCUAUAGUGGAUGAGCUGGAGGAAAUGAUCUCUGAGGACAUCACCCUGGACAGCAGAGUCCAUGCCCGCAUCAUAGGGGCACGUGGCAAGGGCAUACGCAGGAUCAUGGAUGAGUUUAAAGUUGAUGUUCGGUUCCCUCAGAGUGGAGCCACAGAUCCAAAUUUAGUGACUGUGACUGGCCGUCCAGAGCAGGUGGAUGAAGCCAUUGAUCACCUUCUAAACCUUGAGGAAGAAUAUUUGGCUGAUAUGGUUGAAAAUGAAGCCAAAAUGGCCUAUAUGAAGCCUUCGGGUUCAAGUGCUGGCAGCAUGGAAGAAUCUCGUGGUCCAUCCAAGGGAUUUGUUGUGAGGGAGGCUCCUUGGACCACUAGCAAUGAGAAGGCCCCUGAUAUGAGCAGCUCUGAGGAAUUCCCCAGCUUUGGUGCGCCUGUGGCUGCUGCAAGAUCAUCUCCAUGGGGACCUAAACGUUUCUGAAGUGUGUGUGUCCAUCAACAGUUAUGUUGCAACCUCCUGGUCCCCUCUACAACUGUCCCUUAUUUGACCCAUGUGGAUGUGGACUGACCACCGAUUCUGCCCCCCCAAUAUAGCAACACAUUUCCUUUUACUCAAAUAGCAUCUGCAAAUAAACGAGUCUUGAUUCUCUCAUUGACCCCUAUGAACCCCAAAACAGGUGGUGAACAUUUUUAUGAUGGCAGCCUCUACCUGGUCUGCCACAGUUUUGCUGAAUUUGUAUGAAAUAAGUCAACCUGUUUGCAUGUAGAGAGAAUCACAAAUAGAAGGAUAACAAAUGUACACCUGACAAUGCUUUCAGGUCUGUAACAAUCCAGGUAUAAGUGAUAUUUGAUGACUUCAUUACAAAAAUGUUAUUUCAUUACAAAAGUUAUGUCUUCUGGUUUAUCGCGCUGCUCUGUUUCAUAGUUGCCUUUGCAAUGGGGUUGGGGGAAAAAAUAUACUGUAUACCUCUAAAAGAUGAUGCUUCUUAUUGAAGUCAAAUGCAGUCUUAGGAAAUGGGUAACCAGUUGUACUUUGCCUCAUUCUCUAGGGUAUUCAUUCCGUUGCAAACAUUUCAGUGGUCUCUGUCUGUCUCCCUAUUUUAUCUAAUGCUUCUGAUUUGGGCAGGGGAACUUAUUCCAUGUAGCCUUUAAAACUUUCAGACUUCAAGAGUGACUCACUACAGAAGUAUUUUAAAACUGCCAUUUGCUUUGGGAGUCCCAGGGAUGUAGUCGCUUGUGCAGUCCCAAUGUUUCCAAAGUCUCUAAAUCUUACACUAAUGGCUUAUACUUUUUCUUUUUGAUAUUUAGAAGUCAUGUUUAUUAAAAAAAAGUGAGCAUAUAACAUUUGGAAGGAAAAAAAGCAGACCAUUUUGUGCCAAUGGUAUGUCAAGUUAUGUCAUGUGUUGCUCAUUCGUGCUAAUGGGUCAGUUGUCCAACCCCCCAAUUGUUGUCUUCCAAUUGCUAUGCAGGUUGGUCCAAAACCAUAGCAAUGGCCCUCUUAAUAGCCUUAUAAGAAUUAUGCAAAGAUGACACGUAAACAAUUAUGGAUGACACUGGAAAAUAAACUGUCCAAAAAAAUAAAUAAAAAUUGAAAAUGUAUCCGG